GCGGGAGUCGCUGGACGGUGCUGCUGGCUAGUUCCCGGUGCUGCUGUAUCCCUUCUUCCGCCCUCGCUAGUUUCCCUGUUGAGGUUGUGUUACUCCCCCAGAGCCUCAGGUUCCAAGAGGGGAGUGAGGCUGGCCUUCCUUUCUAGCCGGUGGUAUUUGCUUUUGUUCUCUCCAGCUCAGCGCUUUUACCCUCAUAAAUGGGGUUCACCAGGGCAUAUAAAACUGGCCCCAUGUAAUGGCCUUGGUACGGGCGGCGGGGAAACAGGAACAACCAGAAAUGUGAGGGGGGAGGGGCGGGGAUGGACCUGGCCUCACCUCUGAUGGGUUAGCAGUCCACAGGAGCAGCUGCUUUCUCACCAGCCCUGGCGAGGUGGCCCGCAGAGCUGAACCGUCCGUCUCUGUUUACCCUCCUUUAGUAAAAGGUGCACCUGAAAUCGUUACAGCUUUGACCUUAGCUGGGAGGCCAUUUAAUUGGGCCACAAGGAACAUAUUAUUGGGAACAUAUUAAUGAGAAUAUAUGAGCGUGGGAUUUGUGGUAUUUAAUGACCAGAAACUGAAAUGAAAAGUACCUGAUGUAGCAUAUUGUUCUGCUCAACAAAUAGGCUUCCUUUUAUGGUUAGAAACUUUGACUUAUAUGCAGUGCCUCUGCAUUCAGGGGCCCCAGUCUUUGAGAUAAGAGCCUUGGCUGAAACCCUCUGAGUUGGCUGGGAGGUUUGUGUGCUGCUUUGUGAGUGUUGGAAGAGGAUGUCCUUAUGAACUCACAAUGCACUUCCUCGUUCUGCUGCCAGGCUUCAUGUCUCAGUGGAUUAAGUCUCUCCUCUGUUUAGAAGUCACUUCAGAAUCCUAUACCAAGAAAAAGAUGCUGUUUAACUACAGUGUGUCCACACGCAGGCGCUUAUCAGGCUCCAGAACUAGAGAUGUAGUGAGGUCUUGUGACUCUGCAGCUGUGGUUCUGAAAGGCUUCCCAUCCCUGCGGUGCUGAGUUUGCUCCCUGUCACUAAGCUGUCUUCAGUCACUGCUGAGGUUUGAGUCUUGCUACGUGAUGGAAUCUGAGCUGUCAGUUACAGGAAGAAGGGAGAACCAAUUUUGAAAGCCCCGAUUCCGGGCUUUUCUUUGUUUCAUGUUGGUUCCAGGUUUUACAGGUGGUGAGUCAAGUAGUCGCCCCCCGCCACCCGGACCUGUAAGGUGGGGCAGGGUGUGUCGGGUCUCGCACAGGAGAAACUGGGUGUUAGAAAAAUGCACCUGGAGGCUGGAAGUCUCUAUCUUCAUCAGGCCCUAGUGGAGUCUCUCAGGUCGUGUUGGCUGUUUCUGGGCCUAGUUUGUCAGUUUUCUUAAAAUGAAUCGACAUCCCUCUCCUUGGGCCGUUUCUCCUGUGUUGUCAGUUUGUGGCACAGAGACAGGAUGUGACAUUUUUGCUGAGAGCCUUGGAGUGAUUGUUUCCUCUGUGGUAACAGAAUCUCCAGGGUCUGUGGUCUUGUUGAAAGAUGUCGGCCCUCUCCGCCCUGUUCAAGUACGUAGAUGAGAACCAGGAUCGCUACGUUAAGAAACUCGCGGAAUGGGUGGCCAUCCAGAGUGUGUCUGCGUGGCCUGAGAAGAGAGGUGAGAUCAGGAGGAUGAUGGAGGUCGCCGCCGCUGACAUCAAACAGCUGGGGGGCUCCGUGGAACUGGUGGACAUCGGGAACCAGAAGCUCCCUGAUGGCUCGGAGAUAGCACUUCCGCCCAUUUUACUUGGCAAACUGGGCUCCGACCCGCAGAAGAAAACUGUGUGCAUUUAUGGGCAUCUGGACGUGCAGCCGGCAGCCCUGGAAGACGGCUGGGACAGCGAGCCCUUCACCCUGGUGGAGCGAGACGGCAGACUGUACGGGAGAGGAGCCACGGAUGACAAGGGACCCGUGGCCGGCUGGCUGAACGCCCUGGAAGCCUUCAAGAAAACCAGUCAGGAAGUUCCUGUCAACGUCCGCUUCUGUCUGGAGGGCAUGGAGGAGUCGGGCUCUGAAGGCCUGGAUGCGCUGAUCUUCGCCCAGAAGGACGCGUUCUUCAAGGACGUGGACUACGUCUGCAUCUCCGACAACUACUGGCUGGGAAAGAACAAGCCCUGCAUCACCUACGGGCUCCGGGGCAUCUGCUACUUCUUCAUUGAGGUGGAGUGCAGCGACAGGGACCUGCACUCCGGUGUGUACGGCGGCUCGGUGCACGAGGCCAUGACCGACCUCAUCACGCUGAUGGGCUGCCUGAUGGACCAGAAGGGGAAGAUCCUCGUCCCCGGCAUCAGCGAGGCGGUGGCCCCCGUGACGGAGGAGGAGCUGGAGCUCUACGACAAGAUCGACUUCGACCUGGAGGAGUACGCCCGGGACGUGGGGGCAGAGACCCUGUUGCACGACGGCAAGAAGGACAUCCUGAUGCACAGGUGGCGUUACCCGUCCCUCUCCCUCCACGGGAUUGAAGGUGCCUUCUCUGGCUCGGGGGCCAAGACUGUGAUUCCUCGCAAAGUGAUCGGCAAGUUCUCCAUCAGGCUCGUGCCAAACAUGACUCCUGAACUGGUCAGCGAGCAGGUUACGAGCUACUUGACCAAGAAGUUUGCUGAACUGCACAGUCCCAACAAGUUCAAGGUGUACAUGAGCCACGGCGGGAAGCCCUGGGUAUCCGACUUCAACCACCCUCACUACAUGGCUGGGAGAAGAGCCCUGAAGACAGUGUUUGGUAUUGAGCCGGACUUGACCAGGGAAGGUGGCAGCAUCCCUGUGACUUUGACGUUUCAGGAGGCCACGGGCAAGAACGUCAUGCUCUUGCCCGUGGGGUCAGCUGACGACGGAGCCCACUCCCAGAACGAGAAGCUCAACAGGCGCAACUACAUCGAAGGGACCAAGGUGCUGGCCGCCUACCUGCACGAAGUGUCCCAGCUGAAGGACUGAGCGCCGCCCUCCGCCUGCCGCCUCUCCCUGCUCCCGCCGCUCGGGAAAGUGGACGCCCGUCUCCCUCCUUCUCUCUCAUCUGAUUCUGCAGGCCUCCGGGAGUGGGCGCGAGAGCCCCCGCCUGCCUCGGGGUGGCGUCCCCUGUCCCGGCGGCGAUAAAGACGCCGUCCUGGGGGCUCGUGAACGACCCCGGGUGACAGCGGCAUCCUCACAGGUGGCCAGCGUCACUUGGUCUCCAGGAAAUAGCCGAGGCCUAAAAGCACACGUUCUGUGGACGGUUCUGGUCGCGGUCCACGUAGGCUAAAGAGAGGACCCGGUGCUUCCGGGCCCCCCCUCUGCCCCCAGCGUCAGGGCCGCACGCACCUGGAACGUUGCGUCACGGGCACCUGGUGCCUCGGGGGCCACCCUUUCUGAUCCCUUUCUGUCUCGGGCACGUACUGUCCUUUUCUCGAGACCUUGACCAUUCCUGGUGUUGCGUAUCUUCUCUUUAGUACGGUCCCUCAACACCUAACCCUGACUGGGAGGGGUAUCGGCUCUCAACCUGUGUUGCUGAAUAAAAAGUGGAAGCGGAGCCUCUGGAGCCG